ACCAGGACGGGGACAGCUCUCUUCUCGAGGAGCAGCGGGACAGCGUGGGCUCAGUCUUGUCUUUUGGAAGAACAACUUCGUGUUUUUUUUUUCUUCUCCCGGUUCCACCCUGAAACUUGUGAAGGGCGGAGGGACGACUUGUCGGGUCAGCAUGGCAUCUCUGAUGAACUCUGCGUGCCUCCUCCUCUUGCCUGUUGCUCUGGUAAUGAUGCUCAGCCCGUGCCCUGUUGCCGCGUCGUCGGCCAGAAGGUGUCACUCCAUCUAUAAGGGUUUCGCUCAGUGUCUGAUGGCGCUGGGAGACAGUCUCGCCGACAGCGCCCGCAAGGACGAGGACACGCACGAGAUCCACUCCAUCUGCAGGUCGUGGGACGAGUUCCAUGACUGCGCCAACAUGGCGAUGGCCGGCUGUCCGGACGAAGCCGCAGCGGUCUGGGAAUCCCUCCGACAGGAAUCAAAGAAGAUGCAGUUCUCCGGAAACCUGUACGACAUGUGCUCCAACCGCGACGACCACCCGGUGGCCUCGGUCUCCUCACGUGGCUCGUCCAACCAGGAAGAAAUCAACAAGGAGUCUCUAAGAGGGCGCGCAGAUCACCUGGCAGGCGACCUCCAUCUUCUCAUGCUACUGUCUCCUCUGCUGCUGCUGUUAUUUUCGAUAUAGCUACCCUAAAAGAAAUGGGACUCGUGUGAAUAGAUAUAAACUUUGUGUAUUUCUUUUUUCCCUCCACAAGUCCGUAGACUUUCCACUUCUUUUUCCUCUGCUCUGCCAGGGGUAGAAUAUUUCUAACUGCAUGUUCAGAGGCCCGACAGUCUUUUUGAUGAUGCGUCUUUAAACUGCGUGUGCCGUUUCAUGAAUAUUCUCUGCCUUUUAAUUAGUCUCUCUGUUGGAAACACAUAUGAUUCAUACAGAGAUGCACAACCACUGUACAAAGAGAACUGAAAACACAUACAUACUUAAACAGACAGCAGCCUCAUGUCAGCUGUCUUUAACCCCCAAUCCCCGUACAUGUAGCUUAUCUAGUUGUUGAGUGUAAGAGAGACAAAACAGCAUUCCACUUGAUGAACCUGAAAACUAAGUGAUGAAGAGGCCAGAUGCCUCGACCAGCUAAACUCAUUCAUUCAGCUUUACAAUGGGAAGCCUUUUAUAAUCUAACAUAACUGGCUCGCUUGCUUGAUGGGGACAGGCGAAGAGAAGGUGAACUAUUGCAUGUUUCUGUAAGUUAAAAAUAACUCACAGUGUGACUCAUCAGUUUGACCGAAGCGCUGCGAGAAGUCUCCAAUUGGCGAACUUUUCAUCUCCUGUUGGCUUCCCUCUCUAAACGCAGCCGAGGUUGAAGCCCCCCUUUCUGUGACCAAUGGCAAGCUAAAAAAAUACGAAUAAGGAAUAAACCUAAACAACAAUUGUUUUUAACAUAGUUUGGUUCAUUUUGUUGAUUUCUUUAAAGACAUUUGGGGAAAAUCUGCAAAAAAUGUGACACAAAAAGCAAAGCAAGACACCUAUUCCCAACACACAGUCAAUACAGUAAAAGACACAGUGAAACAAGUUGGGUUAUCUUGCUAGCUGUCAAAUAUACUUUUUUUUUUUCAAAGUAUCGGGGUGCUAAGCUAACUACGCCCAUCUUCACUUAAGUGCACUUUGCGUUAGCACUAGUGUUAGCUCGUAAGUUGUAGCCUAGCAGCUAUCGGGAGUGUGAAUUUGGAUAUCAUUCGGCAAAAACCCUCCAAAAGCGCUUGGUUGAUGAUCCCUUGCACUCCUCCUCCUGAACAUUGAUCAAUGGGUGAAGUCCACUACAGCUCCAAAUCAGCGUAAUUCUCCAGACGCACCAUGCUUGCUACCAAUUUUGUCAAACCAAAUCCCAAAUUAGAUCAAAUCUUCCUAUCUGACUUAGAACUACACAGAUUAAGACACUCUAUCUAACAUUUCACUGUGUCCUGGAUAGGGAUGCCCCCCGAAACUCGGUUCUUAAAAGGAACCAGUUCCAAAUUAGUAAAAUACCAGAGUAUCGAUAAGGUCCGGAGUUAAAGGUUCUGCGAUUGGUACUUUAUUAGCUACAGAGUGAGAUCUUCGCGGAACAUAGCGGCGUCACUAACCUUGUCUCUCUGUCUCUAUGUCUUUGCACGAGCUGUGCUGAGGCUGAGUAUAGCGUGACACACAUCAUGGCAGAGAGAACAAAAAGAUCCAAAGUGUGGCUACAUUGUACUCGAGUGGAUGCUGAGAACUCUCGUUGUCACAUAUGCAACAACAAACAAUUUAUCAUCAACAUUUGGCAAACAAGCAGAACAUAAAAAAAUAAAGCAAGCAGCCCUCCAUCCUCGUCCUCUGCAGGUAACGUUAGCGAUGCUAUACAGAGUUAGAAUAGGCUAAUAUAUUAAAGGUAAUCGCUUAGCUAAUUGUUCAGCUGGGAAUGUAUUUGAAAGAUUUUGGAACUUCUAUUAUUGCUGCUCAAGAAAGACUAUUUGUAUACAUACAAGAAUAAUAAAGCAAUAUUGAUUGUUUUCUUAAUUAAUUGUCUUUUUCUCUCACAAUAUAAUAAAAAAGAACCUAUAAGAUUAUUGACAAGAGUGCGUGUAUCGAUAAAAUCGUAACGAUACCCAUCACUAGUCCUUGAUGACUUUGAUUGGUUUAAGACAACAGAUAAUGGCUCCUCAAGGCCUUUAUCGUUUGCUAGCAAUGCACAAAUGUAGUGUCUGGUUUUGUGAGAGCUUUUUAAAUUCUCCCUAUCAAGGAUUUAUAUAAACUGAAUUGAGUAUUUAGUCUCUUCCAACAAUCCCGGCUCAAUAUGGUGUACAAAUACUUUUGUUGUUUGGGGAAUCCUCUAGAAAAAAAACCAAGGCCCAAGAACAAAAAAUGGAGUUGGACUCCUGCCAGGGAUGAUACCUCUCCUCCAAAUAAAAAAUAAUAUUUGGUGCUCUUAAAGUACGUACAUUGUUUCCCUAAGUUCUUAGCUAAAGCACAUAAAGCACUGUCAAAUGGCUUCGGGUGUAGAGAUGUGUCUGAAAAUGCUUUGGGACGCAGUAGCAUUGUUUCGGCUGGUACAAAAAACUAGAUUGGUUCUUAGCUGCCUUUGAGGGACAACAUCGUCUAAGGGAUUCUGAAAUAUCAAUGUGAUCAAACCGGGAACGAUGACGCCUUCAAAUUUGUCUUCAUACUGAAUGCGUGCCAUCGCCCCAUAGGAUCACACAGUAGCACAAAACUGAAUAAAUUAAAUGAAGGAACAUUUGCAUGCAGUCUCAAACCUCAAUUCUGGAAAGAAUUUGACGGAUGAAUAGUUUUACCAUCAGAACAAUGCCAAGGAAAAUGCCUCGGAUUUCAGCUUCCACUGCACCAACGCGAGUUUUGAGCUAAAGUUAAAGUGAAGUCAGAGUGUACCGUAGUUGUUUUUAUUUGGUGCUUGCCCAGGUACGAAAUCCUCCGAGGCCCUUCCUUGGCAUCCUUCAACCGUAGCCUUCCAGUAUGGGACCAAUAUGUUCGCCUGUCAGAAUCACGAUCCGCUCGCAUGCCAACCUUGUUUCAUGCUCCGGGAGCCGUGGUUUUGGCCCUGCAGGCCUGCUGAAGCUGCUUGUUAUUCUAAGUGGCUCGGGGUAAC